AUGGCAUGCGUCGAUUGCAAAAAAUUUAUCGCGAACAAGCGUCGGCUGGGACUUUACGGAGGCGAGAAAGAAGGCGUCGUCAAAGUAUCGCAGGACUAUUCUACAUUCUUGACCGAUCCUGCACUCAUCGUACAUGUGUGUGAUGCCGACAAGCUGUAUACUUUGUUGGCAAUCAUCAAUGAUGCCCCUUAUCCGUUACUUCAUGCGGUCACGCGAUGCAAAAAGCGCGCAACUUACCAGAAAAUCUUUACUGUUCUGAAAAACUCGGCAAAUUUGGUUCCAGGAAACCUGCAGAAAUUGCGCUCCAUCCGAUUUCUGAUCGACUUUGAAGAAGCGGUCAAAUGUGAACUAGAAAGCGUAUUGCGGGUAGAAGUACGCGGAUGCCUUUUCCACACGAGCCAGGCGAUCAAUAGGAAUGCGAAAAAAAUAUUCAAGCAUUUUCUCAACGAGAGGCGAGUUUCGCAGUGGGUAGGCCGGGCUCGAGCAGCUUGUUUCUUACCCCCGCACAUCAUCGAGGCGUUAGGGUGCUUCGAGAUUCCGUACGCCAUCACCCCUGGCGAAGUGACAUUGCAUGCGGCUGCAGCGAGAUUUACGGAUUACCUCAGGAACACAUGGCUGAUUCGUUUCAGG